AUGUCUCUCGUGUCUGAUGCCACCUGGGCUGCUUCGCCCACAACCACCCGUGGCCAGCCCACGCCCCUCUCCUCAGACCCCAAGGGGGAGCGGAUAGCCUACGCAUCGGGCAAAUCCAUCUUUCUGCGCUCCAUCGACGACCCCUCGGUCAGCAAGCAGUACACGCAGCACACCGCCCAGACCACCGUCGCCCGUUUCUCGCCCUCUGGAUUCUACGUAGCAAGUGGCGAUGUAUCUGGAGCUGUCAAGGUCUGGGACUGUGCAGGCGAGGGGGCUACGAAAGGUGACUACCACAUCAUUGCCGGGCGGAUCAACGACAUUGCAUGGGACGGUGACUCGCAGCGAAUCAUUGCUGUCGGCGACGGCAAGGAGCGAUAUGGGCACUGCAUCACAGCAGACAGCGGCAACAGCGUAGGAGAGAUCUCAGGACAUUCGCAGCAGAUCAACAGCGUCUCGAUCCGUCAGCAACGCCCACUGCGGGCGGUCACUGGGUCAGACGACAGCAGCCUUGUCUUCUACCACGGCGCACCCUUUAAAUUCAACACCAGUCUGCGAGAGCAACACAACCGCUUCGUCUUCGGCACCGCCUUCUCGCCUGACGGCUCAGUCUUCGCUAGCGUGGGCGCUGAUAAGCGAAUAUGGCUGUACGACGGAAAGACCGGUGAGGCCAAAGGCCAGAUUGGAGAGGGCGUACACACCGGCAGCAUCUUCGGCAUCUCGUGGGCAAAGGACUCGAACAAGUUCGUCACGGCUAGCGCAGACCAAACCGUACGAAUAUGGGACCCCGAAGUAGGCAAGGCUAUUCAGACCUGGCGCUUGGGCGAAGAAGGCGUUGUCAGCAUUCCUGACCAGCAAGUCGGUGUAGUCUGGCCCACCGGCCGUAGCGACGGACUGAUUGUCAGCGUGGAUCUGGAAGGAAACCUCAACUACCUGGUCGACGGCAACCCCAAGCCGACCAAGGUUGUCCGUGGUCACCAGAAGAACAUCACAUCUGCCGGUAUCUCAGGCUCGACGUUUGCCACUGGUAGCUACGACGGCCGCGUCCUCGCUUGGGACGUAUCUACAGGGCUUGCUGAUAAAGUCGGGGGCGCCUCACACUCCAACUAUGUCGCAGGUAUUACCGCUGCCGAUUCCAAGGGUCAGGCUGAGCUCUACACUGUAGGCUGGGAUGACUCCUUGAGGUCGAUUUCCGUUCCUGACAAGAUCUUCACCGGCGAGGCAAGCGAGCUUGGUUUCCAGCCCAAGGGUAUCGCUGCCACAGGAGACGUUGUACUGGUUUCCUCCGCUGAAUCGAUUGCCGUGUACUCCAAGGGUUCCAAGGCUAGCUCGUUGUCGGUCAAGUACGCUCCCACCUCCAUUGCCGCGUACGGGUCUAUCGUUGCGGUUGGUGGAGACGACAAGCUCGUGCACAUCUACACGCUGUCUGGUAUCGAACUCAAAGAGACCGGCACAGAGCUCCGCCGUGCUACAGCCGCGAUUUCAGCGGUUGCCUUCUCUGCCUCUGGCUCCAAGCUUGCGUUCGGGGCUAGUAACGGCAAGAUCUAUGCAUACGAGGCUGGUGGAGAGUGGAAGAUCAUCACCGACCGAUGGAGUGCGCAUACAGCCCGUAUCACAUGUCUGGCUUGGGACGACAGCGAAAACUACGCUGCAAGUGGAAGCCUGGAUACAAAUGUCAUGGUCUGGAGUGUCGAGGACCCCGGCAAGCGAAUCAAGGCGCUGAACGCUCACAAGGAUGGUGUUACUGGUGUGGCUUGGCAGAAGGCAUCCAAGGUCCUAAGUGCGGGAGGUGAUGCCAGUAUCAAGGUAUGGACCGUCAAGACGUAA